CAUCACAGGGAUGGUACAGACAGAUCUGGGGGUUGAGAGAAUGUUAAAAUCUGAUCAAGGCACAAGUCAAACAGUCUAGCAGCAGAAUUCCCAGGCAUCAUGUGGAAGUUGCUGUUGUCAGCAUGCUUGUUUCUACACUAUUGUGAAGCAGAGAUCUCCACAGAACCGAAAUAUGUUGUGAUAGUUCCUUGUGCUCUUGAAGGAGGAUCAACGGCAAAACUUUGUGCUCAGGUUCUUAAUCCCAAUGAAACAAUGUCUUUCAAUAUCUGGCUGAAGAUAGACUUGGAAGAAGUACACUUAAUGAAAGAAACGGUGAAGGAAAAAGACUUUUACCGAUGUACCAAUUUCCAGGUUCCACUUGUCAGUGCAAACUUCAUUGCAUAUAUACAUGCUGAACUACAAGGAAAGUCAUUUAAGAUGACAUCUCAAAAAAAGGUGUCACUUACGGUCCUGCGACCUCUGACCUUUAUACAGACUGACAAGCCCGUGUAUAAACCUGGACAAGCAGUAAAAUUUAGAGUAGUGUCACUGGACAAAAAUCUUGUUCCUCUCAAUUUACAGUAUCCGAGUGUGGUGCUCACGGAUCCCAGUUCUAACAGAAUUGGCCAGUGGCUGAAUAAAUCUUCAACUGGAAGAAUUUUGGAUCUUUCCUUUGUCACGAGUUCUGAAGCCCCUGUUGGGAACUACAUGCUGACUGUGUGGAGAAACGAAGAGCAGAAAUUUGACCGAACAUUUGAAAUUAAAGAGUACACAUUUGGGAAACCAGUCAAUGGCAAAAUUAACUUUACCUUCUGUCCUGUACCCAGAGAAAAGUAUCAUAUGUAUAACUACUAUAAAUUAGAUGACACGUGUUGGACCGUAUCAAACCUGACAGAUAAGUCCGGCUGUGUGUCUCAGACUGUUAAUGUGGGCAUUAAGAAGUCAAACUUUUAUUUAUAUUCUACAUUCAAUGUUCAUGCUGACCUAGAGGAAGAAGGCACAGGGGUGACUAUGAGGAGCAGUAAGGCAUCAGAAUUAUCCAUUAUUAAGAAGUCAAUCAAGAUUUUAGAUGCUGAUGAUUCAUUCAGAGUUGGAUAUCCUUUGCAUGGAAAGAUAAAAUUAACAAAUGCUGACCACUCUCCUGCUGUUAAUGAAACUGUUUAUCUGAAAGUCUCAUAUCAUCGAGGAUCAGAAGAACUUCGCUUCCUCACAGACAAACAAGGCAUGGCAUAUUUUACCCUGGAUACUUCGUCUUGGAACAAGAAUACCAUCGGCCUGAGGGCUUAUUUUCCAGUUAACUAUUAUGAACUUCAUGGAGGGUACUAUCAGACAUAUGAUGAACAUAAAAUGAUUCCGUUUUACUCAAAGAGUUCAAGUUUUGUAAUGAUCCAUGGCACAGAUGAGGUGCUGGAGUGUGGCACAGAGGCACAGGUCAUGACCAGCUACACAGUCAAGAGGGCAUUGUUUGAAGAGGGGACAGAGUUUAUGUUCUUCUACUAUUUGGUGAUGUCUAAAGGUGCCAUUGUCCUCAAUGGACGAGUUCAAAUCAUUUUGGGCAGCGAAAAAGAGUCAAAGGGGGAUUUCUUCAUCACAAUUCCUGUGACUAUGAGCAUGUCACCUGCUUUUAAUGUGCUCGUGUACAGUGUUUUGCCGAAUGGGGAAAUGAUAGCACACAAGAGCCGUUUAAAAGUCAACAAAUGUUUUGCAAAUAAGGUGGAACUUCGCUUUUCAGAUCCUCAAGUGCUUCCAGCAGAAGAAACUACACUUCACCUAAGAGCCUCCCCUGGAUCCCUAUGUGCACUGCGCUCCAUUGAUCGAGGCAUAUUAUUAAUUGGCCAAGCACCUGAACUAACAGCAGAUCUAAUAUACAACUUUCUUCCAAAAGGUAGCAGUGAUUACCCUUUUCAACUGUUGGAUAAUGAACCAUACUCCUGUAUUCAUGUUCGACAAGAAGUUUUUGGUUUAUAUCGUCAAGGAAGAGAUGUUUUUGACAUUUUGAAGAGCUUGUGUCUGAAGAUAUUGACAAAUGCUGAAGUGGCAAGGCCUGUUCCUUGCUAUAUCAGUGAUAAACCUUUAGCAGAUGAAGGUUCUGGUACAGACGACGAACCUGAGAAGGCUAGUCUUGUAAAAACUCCCAGUAAACCUAAAGUGGAGACAGUCCGCAAGUUCUUCCCCGAGACCUGGAUUUGGGAUCUUGUUUCAGUAGGUGAAACGGGUUCCCUUAACCUCCAUCGCACUGUUCCAGACUCCAUCACUGAAUGGCAGGCAGAUGCCUUUUGCACCUCUCCAGGGGGCUUCGGUCUUGCCCCUCCCACAUUUCUGACCGUCUUCCAACCUUUCUUUGUGGAACUCACUUUGCCAUAUUCAGUGGUCCGUGGUGAGGCAUUUAACCUGAAGGCUAGCAUUUUCAACUACCUUGCCAGCUGCAUAAUGGUACAAGUUACUGCAGUUGAAUCCCAAGAUUACCACCUAAAGCCAUGUGAGGGAUGCAAGUACAAAACCUGCCUAUGUUCUAGUGAAAUCCAAACCUUCAACUGGACUCUUACCCCGACAGUUCUAGGAGAGAUAAACAUCACAGUCCGUGCAGAGUCUCUAAACACCAAAGAGCUGUGUGGAAAUGAAGUUGUGACCGUUCCAUCACGUGGUCGGGCUGACACAGUCAUUCGGACGCUGCUAGUAGAGGCUGAAGGGUUGAAGAAAGCUGAAACUCAGAACUCCCUACUGUGUCUGAAAGGAAAUACAGUUACAAAAAACGUUUCUGUGACCCUCCCAGAUGUCUUUAUUGAAGGAUCAGCUAAGGCAUUUGUGUCUGUUCUAGGAGAUGUAAUGGGAAGAGCCCUACAAAAUCUGGAUGGGCUACUUCUCAUGCCCUAUGGCUGUGGAGAGCAAAACAUGGUGCGUUUCGCCCCAAAUAUUUACAUCCUCAAAUACCUGGAAGUAACUGGGCAGAUGACUGAACCGAUCAAACAGAAGGGAAUCAAUUUCAUGCAAAGUGGUUACCAGAGGGAAUUAACCUAUAAGCAUGACGAUGGAUCCUACAGUGCAUUUGGGAAGUCGGAUGAAACUGGAAACACCUGGUUAACAGCAUUUGUAAUGAAGUCCUUUGGCAGUGCUCAGCACUUCAUUUUUAUUAAUCCCAGUCACAUCAAUGAUGCUAAGAAGUGGCUGGAAGGACGGCAGAAUAAGAAUGGCUGCUUUCAGAACGUUGGCAGACUUCUGCAUUCUGGCAUGAAGGGAGGAGUUGGUGAUGAAGUCUCUCUCACGGCUUAUAUUACUGCUGCCCUGCUGGAGUUGAAAACACCUGUCACAGAUGUCAUUCUAAAGAGAGGACUCACAUGCUUGAUUUCCAAACAUGACCAAGUAAAUGACCUGUAUACCAAGAUUCUUCUUGCAUAUGUAUUUUCUUUAGCAAAUGACCAGAAGAUGAGGCACUCCCUGCACAGCUCUUUAGAUCAGUUGGCUAUGAAGAAAGAGGAUGUUCUCUAUUGGACUCGUCAUGAAUCGGAGAGUGAGAGGGAUCGCUCUGCUGAGGUGGAGAUGACAUCGUACAUGUUGCUGUCACUUGUAUCUGGUGCUCACGUCUCUGGCACUGACCUUGGCUAUGCCUCUAAAAUUGUCAAAUGGCUAAUUCAACAACAGAAUUCACAUGGAGGGUUUUCAUCCACACAGGACACAGUGGUUGCAUUGCAGGCCUUGUCUUCUUAUUCAGCUCUCAUCUACAUUAAAGACAGCACUGCCAGUGGAAGUGUAUCUGUAAUAUCUGCACAGGAGACAUCAAUAAAGUUCCAUCUGGACCAGGACAACCGACUCCUUUAUCAGGAGGAGCGACUGGAGCAGGUCCCAGGGGAAUAUAUCGUAGAAGCAGAGGGGCACAUUUGUGCUUUUGUGCAGUUUGCACUUCAGUACAAUAUUCCUCCUCCUUCUAAUUUCUCCACAUUCAACAUUUCUGCCAUGGUGGACAUACCAGAGACCAACCUGGCAAAAAGCAUUUUGCAGGUCACCAUUGUGGUCAGUUACAAUGGAAAGCGGGAAAAGACCAACAUGGCCAUACUGAAUAUAAAGCUGCUGUCUGGGUACAUCAUGGAGGCCAAGUCCCUUGCUGGGUUAGAAUCUGCUCCAUUUGUGAAGAAGAUUGAUAAGGCAGAUGGCUACAUUGAUGUCUACCUUGAUGAGUUGCCACGUAUGAAGCCACAGAAGUACGUCUUCCUCAUUGAAGAGGAGAUUCCAGUGGAGAAUCUGAAAGCAGCUGUUGUCAGAAUUUAUGACUUCUAUCAUACAGAGGAACAUGCAGAGACUGAAUACAGUGCCCCCUCGAGCACAGGUAUUGAAGCUUGAGGUGUCGGGAUCUGUACUAAAUCCUUUGAAAGUUCACCUUUCAUAUUCUGGUCAUUUCAAUUACACCUCAUUUCCAGAAGAAGCUUCCAUGACAUUUAAAUAUUUUUUUGCAAUUUCAUGAAAUCAAAGUAUAAAUCAAUGUUCUUAAACUGUGGAACAUUAAAAAGUUAGGAAAAUC